GUUGACCUUAGCGUAUAUGCUGUUUCAAUCUGGUAGUAAAAAUUUCAUGCAAUUGAAUUGAAUUUUUUGGAUUAAAAGUUGUGAGCGUUCUGAGAAAUGUUAUGGAAGAAAUUUUCUAGUAGAACUUGAGAUUGGAGCCGAUUUACGUACGUUCCGUCAGUUUUCUAUUACAUCCUCUUCCAGAUACUCGUUUGUAUAUCAUAAAAUAGCACAUAGAGAAGAAUUCUGCUCCAAGAAGAAGUUUUGAAAGUUAUUUCUAAAGUUGCUCGGAUUCCUUAUAAUUAUCAAUUUUUCUCUUGAAAUUUAUUAUCCCAAACAACUGUUCCUCGCCGUAACUGGCAAGCUUUGAGUUUGGUUUUGUUAAUAAUUUGUUUUCUCGUUGAAAAAUUUGAUUCCGUUUAUUCAACCAAGCAACAAAAGUCUCCUUUAAAACCUGGAUAGGCCAGGCGUUUCUUAUUACGUUCCCUAUUACACUUUGUUUCUGUUUUCCAAAUAUUAUAUAAUUUCAAGCGCAUGCGUUUUCCAUUCGUCUUCUUGCUGUGUAUUUUUCAUCUGAAAGUGUUCUUUCUUGCUGCGAAGGCCUCAUCCAGACUUUCGUUAUCCUCUCCAAUACGUAAGCAGGAUGUAUUCACAACUCUUUCCCCGACGUUAGUUCGCAGAGCAGGUUCUGUAAGCGUUUCGGAUUCUUCUAGUAGUUCCUCGAGUUCCAGCAAUCAGAAGUCUUCUUCCGGUAAAACUUCAUCCUCGAUAUCCGACAUUAUUAGUACUUCUGAUGCCUCUGGGACCUCCUCCCGCACGAUCCAUAAUAAAAAUGCCACGAAUGGGUUUAUUACCGAAUACGUGACCAUUCAACCUACCACGGUCAUGACAACUAUUUUUCAAUAUACUUCUUUGGCUUCUACCAUACCCGCACAGAGUGGUUUAGCCUCUCUGGUUCCUCAAUCUUAUUCUCCCUAUGGCAGUGCCGGUACUCUUAUUGGAAUUCUAGUUGGCGUGAUUGUGGGAAGUAUAUUUAUCCUCGCCAUCGUCAUGGUGGUAGCACGUAUCUGGGGACCUCGUCUUUUGGCUAAUAAACGAAACAACCAAGAAAGUAAUGGAGAUUUCCAAGAUGACACUGAAGUCAAGCAAGAAGGAAUUCCACAAAUUACUUAUGCUUCUAAUUUCUAGACUCUUCGGUUGGUUUGUUUAAACCUUUUUCUUUUUUUUUUUCUAUGUACAUAUACAUAUACAUCUAUGUCUUACUUUUGUUCAUGUUUGCACCCUUUUAUGAUUGUUUGUCUUUUGCUUUCCCUCUCACUCUCUUUCAUUUAGUCUUACAUGCCCGUGUAAAAGGGCUAUGAUAUGCCCUUAUUUAAUUCAGUUGUUUUAGUUAAUUUCCAAGUUUUAUCAUAAUAUUUCAUUUUAAG